GUUUUUAUAAUAAACACUUCAUCUAUGGAAUAAACCCAUAUUAUUCCGUCCUGAAACACCAGUAAACAAGCAAGUCGGCCAGAUAGAUACAAUAAUAAGUAACAUUUUAAUCUUUAUUUUAAUAAACAAACCGGCUCAAACAUUUGCAUACAAGUUUAUAAAGUGAAGUAAACAACUCCGCUGUUUUAUAGAUAUUAGUUCGCUUUCGAUAUUGAUACUUGAUUACCGUGUGUUAAUAAUAUUGAAAAUGACGGAAUUAAAGUACCUCAGUGGCUUUGGCUCUGAGUUUUCUUCAGAAGAUCCACGAAGGCCCAAUGCUCUUCCAGUUGGGCAGAACAACCCGCAAAUAUGCCCGUAUGGAUUGUACGCUGAACAACUGUCGGGUACCGCGUUUACAGCACCCAGACACGAUAAUAAAAGAUCGUGGUUGUACCGGAUACGUCCUUCCGUAAUUCAUAAACCUUUCAAAAGGCAUGCCGUCGCGAAGUACCUCACUCACAAUUGGGAUGAACAAGAACCAGAUCCAAAUCAGUCUCGUUGGCUGCCAUUCGAUCUUCCGCCAGCGGCGUCUCAUGUGGACUUUGUAACUGGUCUUCAUACAGUAUGCGGGGCUGGCGACGCGCGUUCGCGUCAUGGCAUCGCUAUACACGUGUAUUUAUGUAACAGUUCCAUGGAAAAAAGUGCUUUCUACAGCAGCGAUGGAGAUUUACUUAUUGUGCCUCAGAAGGGUAAGCUGAGGAUAACUACCGAGUUUGGCAUAAUGGAGGUGAUUCCUAAUGAGAUAGCCGUCAUACAACUCGGUAUGAGAUUCUCUGUUGCAGUGGAAGGUCCUACCAGGGGAUACAUUCUAGAAGUAUUCGAUGGACAUUUCAAGUUACCAGAUCUUGGACCUAUUGGAGCCAACGGCUUGGCAAAUCCAAGGGACUUCUUAACACCGGUGGCAUGUUAUCAUGAUGAAGAGAUACCUGGGUUUAAAUUAAUAAACAAGUACCAAGGCGCCAUAUUCGUGGCUGAACAAAACCACUCCCCAUUCGACGUGGUUGCGUGGCACGGAAACUACGUGCCCUAUAAAUAUGAUUUGGCCAGAUUUAUGGUCAUCAACGCUGUUACCUUUGACCAUUGUGAUCCGUCAAUAUUCACUGUGCUCACGUGUCCAUCUACGAAGGCAGGCGUUGCCAUAGCAGACUUCGUUAUAUUUCCGCCGCGGUGGUCCGUCCAGGAACACACCUUUAGGCCACCCUACUAUCACAGAAACUGUAUGAGCGAGUUUAUGGGCCUGAUACUGGGUUCUUACGAGGCAAAAGAGGGCGGAUUCCUGCCCGGUGGGGCAUCUCUCCACUCUUUGAUGACACCACAUGGUCCUGAUGAUAAAUGCUUCAACGGCGCUUCUUACGGAGAACUGAAGCCACAGAAAAUUGCUGUCGGCACUCAGGCCUUUAUGUUCGAAUCCUCUCUGAGCCUUGCCAUCACAAAAUGGGGCGCUGAGACCUGUCAGAAACUGGAUGCGAAAUAUUACGAGUGCUGGCAGACACUACCGAAGUUAUUUUCUGAUAAAAUUAAUGUAUAAUUUUUACAUGAUAUAUGUAUUUUUACUUGGAUAUAAAUAAGCAAUACCAUCGUCCAAUCUAGGUACACAAGUAACGUACGAGUACAUAUAUGAUUUAUUGUUAAUAUCCAAGGAAAGCUGUGUAGUUUGUGAAUAAAUGUAAUCUAUGAAAAUGAAGUAUAACCUUCAUACCUAAAUAAUAUCUUAGCAACAUU